CUUUCGACUAUUACCACAAGUGAGUAAAAAUAUAAAAUGCUGGAAGAUUGCAGAGACAUGUCAAGACAUAGUAAAGCUUGAAGUGAAGUGUCAGCCAAGACAAAAACUAUGUAUUGCUAGACAUAAACAACAGGAAGUUUGUUAAAUAAAUAAAACUGAUAAAUAAUAACCAAAAAAAAGUAAAAAUGUCAGAUUGUGUUAAAUCUGGAUGUAAUAAUUCAACACAAAAAAAACGUUCAAUAAAAACAUUGUCCAAUGUUGAUGAAUGCCCAGAGAAACGGUUCAGAAAUAUUGCCCGUACUGAUAGAUCACCAGGCGAACAUACGUAUUGUUUAUAUGAGGAACAUUAUAAACCUGAUACGAUUGCAAAACCUCCUGAUGGUAAACGAUUUGUUAAGUCAUUUGCUGUACCUACAGCAUUUCCACAACAAAAGAUUUUUAAAAUAGCCAACAGUGACAAGGUGAAUUCUUCAAAUUUGAGGAAAAAUUCAAACCAAGCUCAGAACCUCAAACCAAAAAAUAAUGAAAUAUCAUUAUCUGAUAAUGAUACAUCAGAGUUUGAAGUGAUUGAAGAAAUAGAAUUUGACGUAAUAGACGAUCAAGAAAAAAUAAUAAGUGAAACCCGCGAUAAUUUGACUGCAAUUCGAGAAAAUUUUCUUCCAAAGAAAGAAGAUAUAGUUGAUGAAAAAAAAGCAUUAUCACAAAAUCAAAAAAAAUUAUUGAAAAGUCAGAAAAAGUUUCGUAUGAAUCAGAAAAAUUCGAUUGAUAACACAGAAAAAUUACAUGAUAUUAAAGAAAUUUCAACUGGAAAUGAUGCCGCCACACUUGAAAAUAAAAAAAAUAUAAUUAAAUGGCAAAAAAACUCUUCGAAAGAUUUACAAAAUUUACUUUAUCACAAAGAAAAAUCAUCUGAAAAUCAUGUACUUUUACUCGUUAAACACGAAAAUCCACCGGCAGCUUAUAAAAAUUUAAUUGAAAAUCGAAAUAAGUUAUGCGAGAAUCAGAAAAAUGAUCAGAAUAAAGAAACAGUGAAUAAUAAUAAAGUACUUUUAAUUCACAAUCAAGGAAAGUUGAGUGUAAAUCAAGAAAAUUUAAUGCAACACAAUAUAAAGUUACACCAAAGUAAUGAAAGUACUGAUCAGAAUACUAAAAAAUCUCACAUAAAGCGAGUCAAUUUAAUUCACAACUCAAAAGAAAAAUUGUGUCUUAAACAAGAAAAUGUAACUCAGAAUAAUGUCAAAGUACAACAAAUUCAAGAAAAGUUAUGUGAAAAACAGACAAAUUUCACUCAAAACAAAGAAAAAUUUAACAAAAUUCAAGUAAAAUCAACAAAAUGUGAAAAAGAAGUACAUCAAGAACAAUUACAUUCAACAUCAAAUGUACAAAAAUUACCCCAAGUUUUUGAAGGUUUGAGUUCUAACCUUACGAACAAAGUAUUUUUGAUUGUCAAACAAGAAAAAUCAGAGCAAAAUCGAGAGACCGUACUGCAAAAUCAAGAUAAGUCGGGCCAAACUCAAGAAAACUCAAAUUUGAAUAACGAAAAGUCUCUUAAAAGUCAAGUAAUUUUAAUUCAAAAUCAAAACAAUACACAAAAAACCCAAGAAAACUUGAAUCAAAAUGAAAAAAAUUUAGUUAAAAAUCAAGUAUUUUUAAUUCUAAAACCAGAACCAGUAUCGCAAAAAGAAGAAAGUGUUACUGUAAAACAAGAAGAGGCGGUAGAAAUUCAAGACGAUGCAAUUAAAACUCAAGAAAAACAAAAUUCAAGUCAAGAAACUUUUGGUCCAAUAAAAAGAAAGUUACGUUCAAGUCAAAACAAAGAUACUCCGGAUCAAAAAAAGUUAUGUACCGAUAAAAAUAAUGAAAAAUUAAAUGAAAAUCGCAUAAAGUUAAGCCAAUAUUUAAAACAUUUAAAUAAAACCAAUGGAAAUACAACUGAAGCGGAAGAUAACAUAAAUAAUAAUUCAAAAACUGAUAAAAAUGAUAAAAAUAUAUCAAAGAAUAUAAAAGACAGUGAAAAUAAUUUGAACGAAACAAAAGUUGAGAUUGACGAUGAUCCAUUCAGUACCAACGAUCCAGAACAGUUUUCAACGAAUUUUAAGCCAGCAUCGAUGUCAGUGCCUACAAGUAGUGGUAAUGAUAAAGACAAAGUAAAUUAUAUGAGCAAAUUAAUUGAAAAACAACAGCAACUCCUUCGAGUGUACAGAAACAAGCUUGGUUUUGCGAGAUAUAAAAUAAAAGAUCUUGAAGCUAAAUUUGAUUCAUGGAGAACAAUGAUGGAGACUAUCUUUAAUGAAGAUCAAAUAAAUUAUUUAGAAGCAUUGCAAUCACAAAAAAAACGUUGUAGAUGCUGGUCAGUUGCUACAAUUAAAGAUGCUUUGGAAAUAAAAUCGAUUAUUGGAACAAGUGGUUACGAAGAGCUCCUGAGACGGAAAUAUCCUUUUCCAGCUUUAAGAACACUGAGAGAAAAAACGCAAAAAACAAAACUUGAUGAAUGAAAAUUUAUUAUUAAUGUUACAAUAAUAUUUAAUAAAGUUAUUUUUUAUUAUCGU